AUGUCCUUCGUCAACCCCUUUCGCGACAUCGCCGCGCGAAACCUCCACAUCUUCAAAUCCCAGCCCGUAGCCGAGAUAUCAGGGUCGCUGGGUGAUCUAGGCACAUUCCUGCCCCUCGCCAUCGCUCUGUCCAUCAAUGGCACCAUCUCUCUAUCCAGCACCCUCGUCUUCUCCGGAAUAGCCAAUAUCUUGACAGGGUUAUUUUUUGGCAUCCCGCUACCCGUCCAGCCCAUGAAGGCGAUCGCCGCCGUCGCAAUCGCCAAUGCUUUUACUAACGGCGAGAUUGCCGCUGCCGGCAUUUUUGUAGCUGCUUGUAUCUUUGUAUUCUCGGCGACGGGUUUGUUGCGCUGGUUCGCAAAUGUGAUUCCCAUCCCUGUUGUCAAGGGAAUUCAAGUCGGGGCCGGGUUAUCGUUGAUUAUUGCUGCUGGUGGUAGUCUGUCCAAGCUGGGAUGGGUUACUCCAUCGUGGGCGGAUAACCGAAUCUGGGCCAUCGUGGCUUUUUUGUUUUUGUUGGCCACGAACUAUUAUCGACAAAUUCCGUAUGCUUUGGUGGUGCUUGCGGCUGGUCUAGUGUUCGCUAUCAUCAGUGCAACGCAGGCGAUGGAUCUACCCAACUUCAGGCUAUGGAUUCCUGUUUUGACUGUUCCUGGUGCUGGGGAUUGGCGUGUUGGAAUUGUCCAAGCUGGUAUUGGGCAGUUACCGCUUACGACAUUAAACUCUGUUAUUGCCGUUGUGCAUCUGGCUGGCGAUUUGUUUCCCGAAGUGACGACGCCUUCAAUCACAUCCGUCGGUCUAAGUGUCUCGAUCAUGAAUCUAGUAAGCUGCUGGUUCGGCGCAAUGCCUGUCUGUCACGGAUCGGGGGGUCUAGCAGCCCAGUACCGAUUCGGUGCCCGAUCAGGAUCUAGCGUUGUGUUCCUGGGAGUCUUGAAAUUGUUGUUUGGUUUCUUCUUCGGAAACACUCUUGUGGGACUGCUCAAGUCAUUCCCCUACGCCCUACUUGGUAUCAUGGUCAUCGCCGCCGGUCUGGAACUGGCUAGCGUAGGUGAAAGCCUCAACACAACAGGGGCUCGUGACCUGAAGAAAGAUACCCCAGCUGGCAUACUAGGUGACCAUGACCGUGAAAUUGGGCCCGUGUUGAGUGAUGACGAACGCAAGAAGAGGUAUACGGUCAUGUUCGUUACCAUUGGAUUCUUGGUUGGAUUCAAGAAUGAUGCAGUGGGAUUCAUUGCAGGCAUGCUGUGUCAUUGGAGUUUUCAGAUUUCGGAUUAUUUGCAUUUGAGGAGAGCGGAGGGCCAGAUUCAGUUGACAGAGUGA